UUUAACAAUUUCUCACUUGGACCCCCUAUUUAUAUCAAACAGCUGCAUGUGAAUUGUGAAGGACAUUAGGCUGCAGACCCCCUAUAGAUCCCUGCGAAAGUAGAGAAAGUUGGUUUGAAAUCAAGAGUAUGAAAGGUUUCAAUAUGGGAGAGGUUCUAAGUGAAGAACAAAUGGCUGAUUUUCAGGAAGCUUUCUGUCUCUUUGAUAAGGAUGGAGAUGGAUGCAUUACCAUCGAAGAACUUGCCACCGCGAUCAAAUCGGUGGAUCAAAAUCCGACGGCAGAAGAACUGCAGAACAUGAUAAGCGAAGUUGAUAUGGACGGCAACGGAACCAUAGAAUUUGGGGAGUUCCUCAAUGUCAUGGUGAGGAAAAUGAAGGAAAAUGACGCGGACGAAGAACUGAAAGAAGCUUUCAAAGUGUUCGAUAAGGAUCAAGAUGGCUACAUUUCACCUAAUGAGUUGAGGAAUGUGAUGAUCAAUCUGGGAGAAAGAUUGACAGAAGAAGAGGUAGAGCAAAUGAUCAGAGAAGCUGAUUUGGAUGGUGAUGGCUUAGUCAAUUAUGAAGAAUUUGUGAGAAUGAUGUUAGCUGCUUGGUGACCUAUUUAGAUAAACUAUGUAUUUAUUUUCAUGUAUUCAUCACAUUAUAAUAUUAUAUAUA